AUGGCCGACAGCUUGAAGAUGGGAAGCCUUUCCCUCAACGAAUCUCAGCAUGCGCCUGCCCCGAACUCUUCCUCUGGCCGCGCUGCCUACAUCCCUCCCCACCUCCGCCAACGUCAAAUGGGUGCGAACAUGGACGGAGCCCCCGCCGCUGCCCCUCCUGCCCCUGGUCCCAGCGGCCCCGGCAACUCUUGGGGUUCGAGAGGCGGUCCUCGCGGUGGCAACUGGGCCAACGCUAACGCUCCUGAUUUCAGCCCUCGCGGUCCCAAUCCCAAUGGUAACACCAGCUGGACUCCCACUGAAGGUUCUCGCCGAUCAUUUAAUCCAGAUGCUUACGGAAACCCAGGUCAUGGAGGCUCUUAUGGCGGAGGCAGUGCCAGAGGCUCCGGAGAUGGCCAGUGGCGCGACGGCAAGCACAUCCCUGGUCCCGCCAACGCCCGCGUGGAGCGUGAACUUUUCGGCCUGCCCAACGAUCCCUCUAAGCAGAACACUGGUAUCAACUUUGCCAACUACGACGAUAUCCCCGUGGAAGCUUCCGGUCACAAUGUUCCCGAGCCCGUCAACGCAUUCACCAACCCUCCUUUGGAUGACCACCUAAUUGCGAACAUUAAGCUCGCUCACUAUCAGACCCCCACCCCAGUGCAAAAGUACUCCAUCCCUAUCGUGAUGAACGGCCGUGACCUGAUGGCUUGUGCCCAGACUGGUUCUGGAAAGACUGGUGGUUUCCUGUUCCCAAUCUUGUCUCAGGCCUUCCAGAACGGUCCUUCCCCGACUCCUGCCCCGGCAUCCGGCCAGUUCAGCUACGGCCGUCAGCGCAAGGCCUACCCGACGUCCCUUAUCUUGGCCCCGACUCGUGAACUAGUCUCUCAGAUCUUCGAUGAAGCUCGCAAAUUCGCCUACCGCUCCUGGGUUCGUCCCUGUGUCGUCUACGGUGGUGCCGAUAUUGGAUCUCAACUCCGUCAGAUUGAACGUGGUUGUGAUCUUCUGGUUGCCACUCCCGGUCGUCUCGUGGAUCUUAUUGAGCGUGGCCGCAUUUCUCUUGUCAACAUCAAGUACUUGAUCCUUGACGAAGCUGAUCGCAUGUUGGACAUGGGUUUCGAGCCUCAGAUCCGCCGCAUUGUGGAGGGUGAAGAUAUGCCUCAUGUUAAUGACCGUCAAACUCUGAUGUUUUCUGCCACCUUCCCUCGCGACAUUCAAAUGCUGGCUCGCGACUUCCUGAAGGACUAUGUUUUCCUUUCUGUUGGUCGUGUCGGCUCAACCUCUGAGAACAUCACCCAGAAAGUUGAAUACGUCGAAGAUCACGACAAGCGUUCGGUUCUCUUGGAUAUUCUCCACACUCAUGGCACUAGCGGUCUCACUCUCAUCUUCGUUGAGACCAAGCGCAUGGCCGACUCCCUGUCGGACUUCCUGCUCAACCAGCGCUUCCCUGCCACCGCCAUUCACGGUGACCGUACUCAGCGUGAACGUGAGCGUGCUCUGGAGAUGUUCCGUUCCGGCCGUUGCCCUAUUUUGGUUGCUACUGCUGUCGCUGCUCGUGGUCUUGAUAUCCCCAACGUUACUCACGUUAUCAACUACGAUCUGCCUACUGAUAUCGACGACUAUGUUCACCGUAUUGGUCGUACCGGUCGUGCGGGUAACACCGGUAUUGCCACCGCCUUCUUCAACCGUGGCAACCGCGGCGUCGUUCGCGAUCUGAUUGACCUUCUCAAGGAGGCUCACCAAGAGGUCCCGUCGUUCCUGGAGAGCAUUGCUCGUGAGGGCAGUGGAUACGGCGGUCGUGGCGGCCGUGGAGGUCGCGGCCGUGGAACCAACGCCACCCGUGAUAUGCGUCGUAUGGGCGGUAGUAUGGGCGGUCCUCCUUCCUUCGGUGGCAGCAGCUACGGCGGUCCCAGUGCUGGCUACGGUAGUAGCUAUGGUAGUGGUGCUCCCUCCUACGGCGGCGGCGGUAGCGGUGGUGGCGGCAGCUACGGCUACGGCGGUAGCGGCGGCGGCGGCUAUGGAAACCCCUCUGGCCCUACUGGACCUUCCUCCUGGUGCGCCCCUUUCCUUUUUCCUUACUUUUUAUACUUAUAUUUCUUUCCUGCCAUCUAUACUUCGCUUUCUCUUAACCGAAGUGCUAUACGCGCUUCCGGCUGCCGAUUUCUUCGCGGCUUCGAAAGCACCGCCGCAGACGACUCGUUCGUACACUCUGAACCUCAAGAUGAGCAGCAAACCCAUAACAUGACGGUUGGCACGCGACGCCAGGCCAACGGUACGAUCGGCUCCGUUUACUCAGGGAAUAAAAUAAGACAUCUCAAGAAGGAGGAUGGAAUUCCGUUAUGGCGCAAAGACAUCCAACAUCAGUUUCUCAAACUUGUCUUCGAAGACAAGACACCGGUCUUUACUCGUUGGCCAGACGGAGAGAAAGGCCUGGACUUUGCGGAUGUCUACAUCGAUGCUAUGGCAAAGAGUAGCAAAACAAGUAAGAUCCUGAAGGAUAAGCUUCAAAACGAUAAACAGGCAGCCAUCAGCAUGGCGAUGGUCUGUCUACUGGUGAACUUCGGACGCAUGAAUACCACACUCAACUUUUUCCCUGAAAUGCGUGCUCAACUGCGGACUUAUCACUCUAUCCCUUCCUUGCAAGCACACCAAGACCCCAAUGCCUACAAACAGCUACAAGAUGCCCCGCGUCUGAAGUCAAUCCUUAAGGGAGCAUCAGAAGAUGUUGAUCAGCCGAAUACGCUCGAUAAGAUUAGACGUCAGAGAAUUCCUCGGACAAACCCGGUCCAUCUUAUCUUCGUUAUGGCCCAGUACGCUCCCAAGGUAUCUGAAUUGCACUUCUUCCCUCCGCGCGACUUUUUCGAUCUAGUCAUGAGAUCUACGCUCAGCAGCAAGAGUCGUGCGAGGGCCUUCUUGUGGUUAAUGUGGUGGUAUUUGGAGAGUGACUUCUCGCCUGAGGCAGCCCUGAACAACCCAUUCGGCCCCGGCCUGGAUGGUGAAGGAACUGGGGGUCUGCCAAUCAAAGUACCAAACUUUGAGAGCCUCACUGAAGAACAGGCAAACGAGGAAAAUGUGGACACACAGUCCGAAAUCGAAUAUGGAGAAGCCAAACGCUUGGAGCGUAAACGUAUCUUGGAAGAAGAAGAGCCAAUCCCUAGGAUAACUAAACGCUCUAAGAAAGGCCUUCUGGAAACUGGAUAUGACGAUGACCAGGUUUCAGGCGAUCUUUCUGGCCGAGGGGAUGGCCUUGGAGGUCGUGGAUCUGCUAUGUCGACUCCAUUGCACCCCUCGUCCAAACGUUAUCCGGAUGACGAAGAUGACUAUCAAACACCGGGACAAUCUGCCCGUUCCCGAUAUAAGCGACCCAAGCGGGAUUCAUCUCUUAAUCGUUCUGUUGGUCAGCAGCGCCUCAUCCUGAAGACAAAAAUGGAGCAUACCCCUGACGCUUCUUCUCCGGCACCUCCAGGUUCUGGUCACCCGGUUCUUAAUAGGUUUGUUACAGAGCCUUCUUUGCCCCAACAGACCUCUUCCCGCCGUCCCCGCCCGCUUACCCAGCAUCAGCUGGCUGUGGAGCAAAACAGGCGGCAGCGUAUUGAAUACAUCCUCGCCAAACGGAAGAAUGAGGCUUACCGGCUGCUCCGCACGAAACGUGAAACCGAAAUCCCGUUCCACCGCUAUAAUCGUUUGCUGCAGAAUGUCCCAGAUAACUACGACACGGAAGAUGAGGAUAACUCGUGGGGCAAGGGGGGCUUAAUUCCCAACCCUGAAGAAGAGGAAGAUUACGGCGAGUGUGCCAGCUUCUACUUGUCCGUCAUUCGUAAAGCUUCAAGGCGACUAGACCGGUGGGACCAUGAAAAUGCGAAUGGCCCGAGGAGAGACCGAAAAAGGGAGAGAGAAGAGCGGCAAAAGGCGAGACAAAGCGGAUUUGGUCUUGACACGGACCUAACAGGGCGUGUGCCCACCUCUGCACGUAGCAGAGCUCGAGCUGCGCGUAAUGCCAAGCGCAAGCUCGCUGGUGCGACUACGGAUGCCUCUACGGCGGCGACUCCCAAAGCCAAGAGCACGUCGGCAUCUCGUUCUAAGAACAACCGGAGCCGUGCAAGCCGCCCCACUGGGGAUGCACUGGCAGCCCCUGAUGGUGGUGCUAAGGAUAGUCUCGAGGCGCCAUCUCAAGACCAGGAACUGUCAUCCAUGCCCGGGGAUAUGGACGGUGAAGCAGAAGAAGGCCUUGAUGACAUUGAUCGCGAACUUCUUGGCGAGGGAAGCGGUGAGGAGGAUGAGGGCGUUUCUCGAAGGCCCCUACCUUCUCGUCCUGUGGAGCCAGGCUACGAAGAUAGUUUCAUUGGCGACGGGGGGGAUGACGAUGCAGACGCGUUGUCUUCGGAUGAGAACGAUGAUGAAGCAGAUGAAGAUGAUCUUGAAGGGGAAGGGGACGUUGAUGUCGAAGGUGAUGGCGACGAAAACUCGUCCACAUUUGAAGGCGGCAAUGGAUAUGCCGCCAGUGAGGCUUCAUCAGUUGCCGGCGAUGUUGUUGAUAAAAGCUUGGAAAGGCUAACGGGAGAGAAAGACGGAGAAACCCUAGGUGAUCGUUGA